CAAUCCUGUAGUUCUUUUAGGUUUAUUAAAUAUUUCUUUUUCUAGGUUUAGUGUAAGAUUACUACGUUUAGUAAGUUACAUUAUUGUCAAGUAAUGUCUCAACCAGCCAUCGAAAACCCGGUAAUCCCAUUUACUGAACAUAUCAAUGGAGUUUUUCGUGGACGAACUUUCGUCAUCUCCGGUACAAUCUUACCAAAUGCUACCAGAUUUUCUGUCAACCUAAUGUACGGAGUUGACAAUAUCGGUUUCCAUUGUAACCCGAGAAUUAAUGAAGGCAACAUAGUCGUGUGUAACAACAGGGUGGAUGGUGAAUGGCAUACUGAGGAGAAAACACCGCCAGGAAAGUUUCCAUUUAAAGUCGGUGGAGAUUUUACAAUGAUGAUACUUUGUACAGAAAGAAAAAUAAAGGUUUUCGUCAACCAAAAGCACUUGCUCGGUUUCAAACACAGAGUUGAACUUUACAAGAUUUCCAGAAUUAAUGUCGAGGGAGAUAUGUCUGUGAAAACUCUUUCAUUUGGCAUGCUAGGCAGUUACCCCGACACUGGACUUGAGAUACCAAAGCCAGCUGUUGAUACCUUGGUGGCAGUACCGUAUCCUAAUAUUAAGUUUCAUGACGUUACUUUUAUUGGAAGACCCCGAGGAACGUUUUCGAUUAACUUUCUUGGCAAAGACAGCAACAAUAUAGUGUUUCACGUUAACCCUCGUUUCGACGAAAAACAAAUCGUUAGAAACUCGUUACUGGACAACCAGUGGGGUAACGAAGAUCGAACACUAAACAUGGAUUUCCCGUUUACCCCAAAUACUCCUUUUAUGGUGGUGGUAAAAGUUGACAAGAAAGGGUUUACUCUUAUGUUGAAUGGCUUCCACUUGUUUAACUUCGCUCACCGUUUCAAACCUCUGCGUAACAUCCGAUCCGUGGAUUUUAGGGGUGACGUCAAUAUGCAUAAGAUCAUAUUCAACUAGAUACAACAAACUGAACAUUCACUUAUAUACGGUGUGCCUUAUAUACUACACAUAGCUUUGGUACAAUGGGGUGUUAUAUACCUAUCUUAUAAACAAGAUACUUCACAUUGUUACAUGCCACACUAACAACUUUAUAACCAUGUAUACUCAUCUUAACAUCAAACAAAUCAUCAAAACAAUGAAUGUUAAAACAUCGUCAUGGCGUGUAGCUUUCCAUUAAGCAUAGAUAAGCAGGGUACUGUGUUGGGUGUGUAUAUUAUGAAAUUGAAUUAAUAAACCAUACUGGAACAUCAUGUUA